AUGGCUCCUCCUGCUGCCCGUAGCACCAUUCUUCGUCUCAUGAAUGCUUCCCAGCAUUCUGCCUGUCCAUGUCACGGCUGCAGAUCUGCUGCUCAUGCUCAUGCUCAUACCCAUGGUGCAGUAAAUCAACUCAGAAGAUUUGCAACUCCCGUGGACUUGGUGGAGAAAGAAUAUGCCUUCGAGGUUGCAGCAUCCAAUCUGAGAUUUGGAGAUGGUGUUACCAGAGAAGUUGGUAUGGACCUUAAGAAUAUGAAAGCUCGAAAGGUCGGAGUCUUCACAGACCCUAUCGUGGCCAAAUUGAAGCCAAUGAAAACCGCCCUAGAGUCUUUACAGUCACAAGAAGACCUUCCCUUCGAAGUAUAUGAUCAAGUGGUUGCCGAGCCAACUGAAGACAGUUGGAGGAAUGCAAUUGCAUGGGCAAGACAGCAUGAUUUCAGUCAUUUCUUGGCUGUCGGAGGUGGAAGUGUCAUUGACACUGCAAAGGCAGCUAAUCUGUUUACCGUAUACAAGGACGCGGACCUUAUGGACUUCGUGAAUGCACCUGUUGGAAAGGGUCUACCUAUUUCCCAGACUCUCAGACCACUUAUCGCAGUUCCAACUACGGCUGGUACAGGUUCUGAAACAACCGGAGCCGCCAUUUUGGACAUAACCUCACGUUCCUUUAAAACUGGCAUCGCUAAUCGAGCGUUGAAACCAGUCUUAGGUGUUGUUGAUGUCCAGAAUACAGAGAGCUGCCCUACAGCUGUUCAUAUCAGUGCUGGUUUGGAUGUACUUUUCCAUAGCAUGGAAAGUUACACAGCAAUUCCAUACCUCGAACGUACACCACGCCCCGCGAAUCCCAUUCUACGACCUGCGUAUCAAGGCAGCAAUCCUGUUGCAGACAUCUUCUCUACGUGGGCACUUCGCACCACCGUGAAGUACCUUCCUCGAAUUGCGAAGAACAGCGAUGAUCACGAAGCCAGAAGUCAAAUGCUGUUGGCUGCUUCCUUCGCCGGCAUCGGUUUCGGUAAUGCCGGUGUGCAUUUGUGUCAUGGUAUGAGUUACCCAAUAUCUGGUUUGAACAAGAAGGGUCCAAAGUACAGACAUCCUGGAUACAUGAUUGACGCGCCUAUCAUUCCUCAUGGUGUUAGUGUCGCUCUGACUGGCCCCGCAGUAUUCCAGUUCACCGCCCCGUCCUCUCCUGACCGCCACCGAGAAGCUCUGGCAAUAUUCAACUCAACGACCGUCACAGAUCCAUCUAUAACGAGCAUUCCAGAUUCGGAGAUUGGUGCACAUCUCUAUGAAUCAAUCGCACGUUUCCUCGAUGGCCUUGGUGUCCCUCGUGGGCUCAAAGCUGUGGGAUACACCAGCAACGAUGUGUCGAUGCUUGUUGAGGGUACGAUACCCCAGCGGCGCGUGCUCGAUCUUGCGCCCAACAUUGGUAACGUCGUGGGCGAAGACGGGCGAGAGCAUUUGACGCGUAUCAUCGAGAAUUCACUGGAGUAUUAAGGAGUAGUCUUAUAUCUGAGUUAUGGUCAUCUUACAUCCAGGGAUCUUUCAUGUGUAACUAUUACAAUACAUAUUCGGGUAGCUUUGCAAUUCCUCAUGAAAUCACGCCAAUCUGAACAAGUUAAUAAGUAUG